GAAACUGCCAGGUUGAAAAGUUACUGAUUCUGAUUUCGACUGAGUGUUGUUUACUGACUACCAGAUUAUAAGAAGGAAAAGAGGAAUAUUAGGGAAACGGCACGACUGCCAAGAGAUGUCCUCUGAUGAGGGGGAACCAAGCAGUCCAGCUCUGCCUAAGGAUUCAGAUCGAGGGAGUUCGGUGUCCUCGGAGUUGCAGGAUGAAUAUGAGGAGCUCCUGAGGCAUGCUGUUGUCACUCCCAAGUUUGAGCCAAGCACACCAUCCCAGCUGCUUCAAAUGUCACAGCUCUCUGCAUCUGGACCAAUUUCUCAUCUCCUGGAGGGCCGGCGAUCUCAACCUACUGAAGAGGAUAGUGGAAGACACUCAGGAAGAGGGAUGACCUCUACCAGGGCAACUCCACUUGAUCGGGAUUCCUCUCAUGUCCAAGCAUCAAGAGAUGUGGAGAUGCUUGGCAGAUCUCCCGAUAAUGAGCGUGUACCAGAGAGACCGCAGACUGCUUCAGAGAUGUCCAGGCAAAGCAGCCCGGAUGCUGUCAUCACCGUGGAGACUGAGGUGUCUGUCUCGGAGGAGAACAUGACCAGAAUGGAAAACCUCUUGGAUUUGUGGAGCGACAACCUGAAGACCAACGUGCUGAUGGAGCUGAGGAAGUGGAAGCUGGCGUUUGCCGAGCAGCAUAAACUGGCGCUGAGGAAGGAGAGGGAAAAGCACACGGCUGACAUGGCAGCCGCGAGUGCGGAGAUGGACGGGCUAAAGGACCUGCUGCACACGUACGAGCUCUCCAGUCAGAGGAAGGACGAGGUGAUUAAGAACCUGAGCUACGCACUUGACAGACAGCGGGAGCGGCUGGAGAUGAUGAGGUCGUUCACGCAGUGGAGGCUCCGCCACGGCGCUCUCCGAGAGGAGGCCCAGGGUGGCAAGAUGGCCGAGCAGCACUACCAGCAGCAGCUGAAGAAGAAGGUGUGGGCCGCCUGGCACUCUCUCAUCUCCAGCCGCUGGAAGGAGCGCGUGGAGCGGGCGUGCCGUGCCCGCGCCGAGGAGGUCUGCGUGCAGCUCUCCAACGACUACGAGGCCAAGAUGGCCGAGAACGUGGAGGCGCUGCAGAAAGCGCAAGCGGAGAUCCAGAAGCUGCACCUGGAGCGCGAUCGCUACGAGGACUCCAUGAAGAAGGCCUUCAUGCGCGGCGUGUGCGCCCUCAACAUGGAGGCCCUGAGCAUGUUCCACGGGGGAGAGGGCCGGCCCCAGGAGCACGAUGCUCCUCCCCCACAGGAUGACCCAAGCUUCGGCUCAUUGGCUGGCCUGCAGCAUCGGCCCACCUCCUCCUUCUCUGACGUGGCCUUCGCCAUGGAGACCCAGGCCGCAACGCUGGCCGCAUCCCGCAGUGACGUGGACAGGAUGUCUCCCGGUCCAGGCCCCGGUUCCUCUCCCACAUGGGCCCAGACUCCAGCAUGGGGCUGCCCAGAGCCGAAGCCCUCCCUCCCUCCUCCACCACCAGCACUACAGGGAGCAGUGCCGUACCACUAGGGGGCAUCGUAACAUCCCACAGACAGGUCAGCGGCCGAGCAACUUCGGGAGGUCCACAGAGGCCAAGCAGGACAGUGACCGCUCGUGUGACCGGACACACAGACACGACCCGGGCCUUCGUGCCCAGCAGCCUGCGGGUCACGCGCACGGGCCAAUCAAGGAGCUCUGUGGUCGUGGAGCGUCAUCAUCCAGUCACUCAGUUCACAGUGGAGCAGACGGCGGCCAGGUACCCGCGCUCCAUUCAUCAGACCCAGGCUCUCCCAGGCAGCAGGGGCUCCAGGGACCCCCGAGCCCACUCCAGCACUCACAUCCACACUGUCAAAGUGGUGGAGUGAACACACACACACACACACACACACAAAGAAACAAAUGCCCCCACCCCACACACAUAUACAUAUACACACAAGCCAGCAAGAAAAACAGAAAAAUAUUCAUUUUUUUCAGUAUAUCUCUUGUCCCAGAAAUUCACAACACCAGUACAUGCACAGAGACACACACAUGUUAGUCUAUACCAGUGAAGAAAGCAAGUACACACUAUGCAUUUUUUUUACUGCAAGGACAAAUGGGAUUUUUUUUUAUCUUCACAAGGAUGCUAUCCCUGCCUUUUAGGAUUAUGUUAAUUGGUUUAAGAUUGAAUAAAUUAACCUUUUGAGAAAACUGUAUGAGUUAAACAGAAAGUGGUUUGAUGAAAGCCAUAUUAUGGCCAUGCAUUUUUAAAAUGCCUUUUAGCGUUAAACUGAUGUUUUUGAGAUACUUGAAAUAUUUAUUUUUUAAUUUAAUGUUUUACUAGAAUAAUGACCCGUCCUGUUAGAGUUGUUGUGCAAUCAUUUCCUUGUUUGUGAUGAUAAUGUCUGAAGUUAAGACACAUACUUGAAAUUUGUAUUUUCACUGUCUGUAUACCAGCAAUAAAACAUCUGAAUGUUUUUGUUCAAAGACUA